UGCGUGUUGUAAACUCUGGCGGGAACUCGAUGUGCGCGUGACCUCGCAUAGUUCGCUCUGAGGUAAUUUAGCCUUUGUACCGCGAGCUGUGGCGGCGUUUACUGUGAACUGUCUCAGCUAAACAAAAAUAUAAAUAAACUGUUAGUCAUGAGUCGAAGGCUGAACUGUAUCGUUGCGGUUUGUCCGGACAUGGGAAUCGGGAAAAACGGAAAUCUACCCUGGCACCCGAUAAGACUGAGUAAUGAGUUCAAGCACUUUCAGAAGAUGACCAUGACUCCAAGUGUAGAAGGUAAAAAGAACGUGGUCAUCAUGGGCAGGAAGACGUGGUUCUCGAUACCGAAACAGAACCGACCUCUCAAGAACAGAAUCAACAUAGUCCUGAGCCGAGAACUGAAAAUGGUUCCUGAGGGGGCUCACUAUCUAGCACCUGACUUUACCUCUGCGCUAAAUCUACUAGAGACUCCAGAGUUCGAGGCGCAAGCAGAUCAAGUGUGGGUCAUUGGUGGGAGCUCGCUGUACAAGGAGGCAAUGGAGAGCUCGGCACCCCGACGUCUCUUUGUGACGAGGAUCUUGAAGCAGUUUGACUGCGACACGUUCAUUCCUAACAUCGAUCUAGACAAGUUCAGGCUCCUCCCUGAGUUCCCCGGAGUUCAGGCUGGGUUACAGGAGGAAAACGGGCUGCAGUAUGUAUUUGAAGUGUAUGAGUGUGUGGAAAAGUGAUGAGUGGUGCUGAAAGACCUUACACACCUGCUUAUUACUGAGAUGUGUGUGUGAGACGACUGCGUUUACUCAUAGGCACUAUUUCUGUAGCCAAGACCUUUCUGAAACCACAUCAUGGUAACUCUCUGAAAUUUAAGAUCAAAUGAUGUUCCAGCUGAAGAUAUGGUCUAGUUUCUCAACCAUUUAUAAAAUCAUUAUCUCUGCUUUUCAUCCUUGCCUUGUUGUGUCACUGCACUCAGAGCUU